GAAUAUGGGCACCCAGGCACACACUGUGACCAAAUCAGAGAUCCCUGACCAUGUUCUUUACACCGUAGGAACGUGCGUGCUCAUUAUUGGCUCCAUUGGCAUCAUCGGAAAUCUCCUAGUUCUCUAUGCAUUUUACAGCAACAAGAAGCUGAGGACACCCCAAAAUUACUUUAUUAUGAAUUUGGCUGUGAGCGACUUCCUAAUGUCGGCUUCUCAGGCACCCAUGUGCUUUGUCAACAGCUUGCACAGAGAGUGGAUACUUGGAGAUACAGGCUGUAACUUGUAUGCUUUUUGUGGGGCUCUCUUCGGAAUAACCUCAAUGAUGACUUUAUUAGCUAUUUCUGUUGACCGCUACCUUGUGAUCACUAAGCCCCUGCAAUCCAUACAGUGGACUUCAAAGAAGCGCACCCUGCAGAUCAUCGCCGGCGUGUGGCUGUACUCGCUGGGAUGGAGUGUGGCUCCCCUCCUUGGGUGGAGUUCCUAUGUGCCUGAGGGCUUGAUGAUAUCCUGUACAUGGGACUAUGUAACCUACUCUCCUGCAAACAGAAGUUACACCAUGAUUUUAUGUUGCUGCGUGUUUUUUAUUCCCCUGAUAAUAAUUUUCCAUUGCUAUUUAUUUAUGUUCCUGGCCAUAAGACGUACUGGCAGAGAUGUUCAAAAGCUGGGGUCCUGCAACCGGAGAUCCUGCCUUUCUCAGUCCAUGAAGAAUGAAUGGAAACUGGCAAAAAUUGCUUUUGUGGUCAUCAUCGUGUUUGUCUUGUCCUGGUCUCCAUAUGCUUGUGUAACCUUGAUUGCCUGGGCUGGUCGAGGCAACACCCUAACACCAUAUUCCAAAUCUGUGCCAGCAAUUAUUGCCAAAGCUUCUGCAAUCUACAACCCCAUCAUAUAUGCAAUAAUUCAUCCAAGAUACAGAAAAACCAUCCACAAUGCUGUUCCCUGCCUGAGGUUCUUAAUACGAAUAUCAAGAAAUGAUGUCCUGAGAGGAUCCAUAAAUGAGUCAUCAUUCAGGACCUCACUCUCCAGCCAUCAGUCUUUCGCUGGCAGGACCCAAGGCACUUGUGUUUCAUCAGUUUCCACUGGAGUAGCUACCUGCAACGAUGUAGAUCUUGACCCUGUAGAGCCAGCUCAUAAGAAACUACAGCCUCGUCGAAGUCGUUCCCUCUCGACAAGUCUGAGACAGGAGAAGAGAGACCUGCUGCCAAAGACCUGCAGCUGCAAUGCGGCAACUGGAGAAAAGGUUUUGCUCUCCUCCAGCUGUCUGGCGAAAGCACUUGGGCAGCCACUCCUCUGCAGUCCCCCUGCAACACUCGUGGCCAGCUCCCUCAGAGCAGCUUCUCUGCCCAUCGGUUUGAAUAGCAGCAGUGUCAGCAGAGGAGGAGACUCAGGUACUUCACACAUGGCAACUCACGAAAAUCAGACUAAUGGAGUCCUGGGCUCUAUCAUUCCUAAUACAGUCCCUCGCAUUGUCAUCAUUCCUACCUCAGAGUCCAAUUUAUUUCAAGAGGAACCGGAAGAGGAAGAGACCGAAUUAUUCCUCUUCCAUGACAAAAAGGGCAAUCUGCUGGACUUGGAAGGACUCAGUUCAUCCAUGGAGUUCCUGGAAGCUGUUGAGAAAUUUCUAUCAUAA